AUGACCAAGUUGGGAGAGUACCAAAGUUCUUUCAACGACAUUUGGGAAUUCAUGGAAGACGUUCCAGCCGACGCCGUAGCUUUCGACAUGUCCAUCCGGAUAGAUCGAUUAGACGUACUGAGGGAGAAGAUAGAGAACACUAUUAUCGAAGUGAAGUCACACUCCAGCUACAGCGAAGAAAAAUACCCCAUUGAUAGCAGAAGGAAGGAUUUCAGCGUGCGCUUCUACAAGAUGAAGGCCUUCCUCAUGGAUCAGUUGAAGCAACUACAGGAGCCUACACCUAUAUUAGAUCGGUCAUUUCAUGCUGGAGAAUCGUCGAUAGGGGGUAGUUUAGAUCACGCUCGCUUACCGCAGAUUAGGUUACAGGUUUUCAAUGGAGACAUUAAUGAAUGGCUCAGUUUUCGCGAUCUGUUCACCUCACUAAUUCACUGGAGAACAGAUUUGCCUGAAAUAGAAAAAUUUCAUUAUUUGAAGGGUUGUCUCCAGGGUGAACCAAAGGGCUUAAUAGAUCCGAUCCAAAUUACUAAGACCAAUUACCAGGUUGCCUGGAACCUGUUAGUUGAGCGGUACAGCAAUAGCAAACAGCUGAAAAAACGGCAGGUGCAGAUUCUUUUCGAUCUACCUGUUCUUGCUAGGGAGUCAGUUGCUGAUUUACACAGACUCGUCGACAGUUUCCAGAGGGCUGUGCAAACACUCGAUCAGAUAAUUCAACCAGGAGAUUAUAAGGAUCUUCUUCUGAUCAACCUGCUAAUUUCGCGUCUGGAUCCUACAACAAGGCGAGGUUGGGAGGAAUUUUCAUCGAGCAAGGACCAAGAGACACUUAAGGAUCUGACUGGGUUUCUUCAGCGACGCAUCGGAGUACUGGAAGCAUUACCACCACGACAAGUGGAUACAGGGGAUGCAAAGGCAUGCAGUUUCAACGUCAACGCAGAAACCAAAAGCAACCGCAGUGAAAACUAG